AGACGUGCUCAGGGCAAAAAUGCUUUGGACAUUUCUCGCCUGUGCUGGGAGGAGCAGCUUAAAUCCUUGGCUCCAAAACCAGGGACAGACAGAGAAGGGGACAUCAGCUCACAGUGAAGGACUGGAAACAAGGCACCCCGAGUACGAUACGGCGGGAGAGGCUCGGCACAGAACCAGCUGAGCAAACAGUGGAUGCUGGGGCUCCGGUCGCUGCCGCGCUCCAGCCCGCACAGUCACAGGAGGGCUGCGCUCCCGGACACCCAGGAUGAGGCUGCUCUUCCCUGCCCUGGCACUGGCCCUGCUCGUCACCACCCGUGCUGCUGAAGACUCCUGCGAGGGCCGCUGCGAUGACGGCUUCGACGCACAGCGCAAGUGCCAGUGCGACAGCCUCUGCAUGUACUACCAGAGCUGCUGCAGCGACUACUCCACCGUCUGCAAGGCCAAAGUGACCCGGGGAGACGUCUUUGCCUUGCCGGAGGAUGACUACGUCCUUGACUACAACCUCACUGUCGACUUCGGCACGGAAGAGCCCCCUAAGGCAGACCCCACGGAACUGCCCACAUUCCCAUCACUGGUGGAGACCACACCGGAGAGCAAUCCAGGCCCUGAGGAGACAGAGCUGCCUGUGGAUGUGGUGCCCACAACAGAUGGGUUCGGGGAGCAGGAUCCCGUGGACGAGCCUGAGGAGCUGUGCAGCAGGAAACGUUUUGACGCCUUCACCGACCUGAAGAACGGUUCCCUUUAUGCUUUCCGAGGGAAGUACUUCUAUGAGCUGGACAAGACGAGCGUGCGGCCUGGCUACCCCAAGCUGAUCAGUGAUGUCUGGGGCAUCGAGGGCCCCAUCGACGCAGCCUUCACACGCAUCAACUGCCAGGGCAAGACUUACCUCUUCAAGGGCACCCAGUACUGGCGCUUUGAUGAUGGAGCCCUGGACCCCGGGUACCCACGUGACAUCUCCGAGGGCUUUGAGGGCAUCCCGAACAACGUCGACGCAGCCUUCGCUCUCCCUGCACACAGCUUCCACGGCAAUGAGCGAGUCUACUUCUUCAAGGGCAAGUACUACUGGUCCUAUGACUUCGCCCAGCAGCCCACGCAGGCCGACUGCGAGAAGUCCUCCCCGUCCACCGUGUUCAAACACUACGCCUUCAUGAACCGGGACAGCUGGGAGGAUGUUUUCCAGAUCCUCUUUGGCGGCAGGAUGACUGGGGCGAGUGGCCCACGACACAUCAGCAGGGACUGGCGGGGGGUGCCCAGCCCGCUGGAUGCUGCCAUGGCCGGCAGGAUCUACGUGGCCUCCCAGCAGCCCCGGAGGAGGAAGUCUCGCCGCCAGCGCAAGAGGUACAACAGCCAUCGGUCCCUGAAUUUGGGACUGUGGGGCUGGCUGCAAAACGACUCUGACUCCGCGGGUGUCGAAAGCGAUGGGCUGUCAGGCUCCAAGUGCGAGACGCUCCAGAGUGUCUACUUCUUUGUAGGAGACAAGUACUACCGUGUCAACCUGCGCACCAAGCGCGUGGACCUGGUGCAGCCGCGCUAUCCCCGCUCCAUUGCCCAGUACUGGCUGGACUGCCCGCAGCCCGGGGAGGAGAGCACCUGAGUGGGAUCCCCGGAGCCGCCGGCAGCACAGCCCCAGCUAGACAGAAAUAAACUGUGAGUGCCGUGCAGGCUGGA